CGCUCCGCUCUGGGCCCGCUGGUGCUGCAGGAGCUGCUCUGUGACGGGGGCGCUGCUUUCUUUCGGCUUUUUUUUUGGCUGUUCUGGAGCAGCACAGACUGCCCGUGGGGACGCCGGGUUUCCUGGGGAUGGGAGUUCAGGGCCCUUGCUGAGGGAGGCGGCUGUGUAGCCGUGCAGUAUGACAGAACGAAGACUCCUUAUUCUUUUUGGCAGCCAAACUGGGACUGCUCAAGAUACAGCUGAAAGAAUUGGCAGAGAAGCCAAACGUCGGCACUUUCAGUGCAGAGUAGAGGCUCUGGACAGCUAUGAUGUGGCAAACCUCAUCAAUGAGCUGUUGGUGGUAUUUGUGUGUGCAACCACUGGCCAGGGUGACCCACCCGACAACAUGAAGAUGUUCUGGCGGUUUCUGUUCCGGAAGAACCUGCCUCCUGCUUCCCUUUGCCAGAUGGACUACGCCGUGCUGGGCCUCGGUGAUUCCUCCUAUCCCAAGUUUAAUUUUAUUGCCAAGAAGCUGCACAAACGGCUGCUACAGCUUGGGGGCAACCCACUGCUGCCCGUUGCAUUGGGAGAUGACCAGCACGACUUGGGGCCAGAUGCAGUGGUUGAUCCAUGGCUCCUGGCUUUAUGGGACAAGAUCCUUGCCCUGUAUCCUCUCCCUCCUGGCCUUGAGGUCAUCAGUCCUGAUGUAUGCCUGCCCCCUAGAUACACCCUGCACUACUUGGCUGAGGACUCCCUGCACUCUGACAGCAGCCUGCUCCAGCCAACACCACCCAGGGCUCUUCCUUCUGAGCUUCAUCCCUUUGCUGCCCGUAUGGUGUCCAACCAGCGCAUCACGGCUGAAUCCCAUUUCCAGGAUGUCCGGCUCAUCGAGUUCGAUGUCACAGGAUCAGGGAUCUCGUUCAGUGCUGGAGACGUGGUGAUGAUCCAGCCCCAGAACUGCCCUGAAGAUGUGCAGCAGUUCUGCCAGCUCCUUCACUUGGAUCCAGACCAAUGCUUUUUGCUGAAGCCCACAGAGCCUGGCACAGCCCUCCCUGCUCACUUGCUGCAGCCCUGCACCAUCCGACACCUGGUCACCCACUACCUGGACAUCUCCUGUGUGCCACGGCGCUCCUUCUUUGAGCUCUUGUCCCACUUCUCUACGAAUGAGCUGGAGCGGGAGAAGCUGCAGGAGUUCAGCUCUGCACAGGGCCAGGAAGAGUUGUACAGCUACUGCAACCGACCUCGCAGGACCACCCUUGAGGCCCUCUGGGAUUUCCCUCACACCACAUCUGCAAUUCCACCCGAGUACCUGCUGGACCUCAUCCCUCGCAUCAGACCCCGCGCCUUCUCCAUCGCUUCCUCCUUGCUGGCUCAUCCCGGCCGGAUCCAGAUCCUCGUGGCAGUAGUGCAGUACAAGACACGGCUCAGCAGGCCCCGCCGUGGUCUCUGCUCUACGUGGUUGGCGUCUCUCAACCCAGAGCAAGGUGAUGUCCGGGUACCUCUUUGGGUGAAGAAAGGAGGAAUGAAAUUCCCAGCUGACCCUGAGACUCCUGUAAUCAUGAUUGGCCCUGGCACAGGCGUGGCACCUUUCCGAGCAGCUAUACAGGAGCGAGUGGCACAAGGACAGAAAGGGAACUGCUUGUUCUUUGGCUGCCGCCAGAAAUCCAAAGACUUCUACUGCCAGGCAGAGUGGGAAGAACUGGUGACAAAGGGCUUCCUGAUGCUUUUCACGGCCUUCUCCAGGGACCAGGAGGAGAAAGUGUAUGUUCAGCACCGCAUCCGGGAGAAUGGACGGCUGCUAUGGGAGCUGCUGAAUGGCCAAAGCGCUCACGUCUACCUGGCUGGAAAUGCCAAGCAGAUGCCAGCGGCGGUGGCUGAAGCCCUGCAGUCAGUGCUGCAGCUGGAAGGUGGCCUGUCGCCCUCUGAAGCAGAAGAGUAUUUAUCAGCCCUGGAACGGUCCCAGCGCUUCCAGUCCGAAACCUGGUCAUAAGUCUCUGCUCUGCCUGAGCUGUGCCUGAAUAAAGGAGCCAGCAGAA